UUUCUCGAUUUACUUAUGGGAGGUUUGUCCAAUCAUGUGCGAAGAAAACACAAUCCAACUUUCAAUCUCAGUCUAGGGUUCGACACAGUAGCAAGCGCACAACACAUUCACACAGGACGACGAUAUACUACACUACGGAAAUUGUGAUUCACUUUGUAUUGCCCAAAGCCAAGGAAGUUGGAGUUCUGCCCAUCGAGCCGCUAUUUAACUUCCUAGCAAGCACGUUGAUUGCUCAAUUCUAUUGACAAGCGUAAUUGACGGCACUGCCUCCUAAUUUUCCCAAACAGAAAGAAAACAAGGGAACUAAAGGUAACCCGUCAUGUGAGGAUAACGGGAUUAUACAUACAGAAAGGACCAGGUUGGGAAGAAAAACCAGUGGAAGCAAUAAGUCGAAGUGAGGGAAAUAUCCCCCUUUUUACUAAACUCCAUUUAACAAAAACCAAAGGGAACAUUAUGAACGUUACUAUCUUUAACUGGAACUGUUUAAGCAGUACCUGACAAAAUGAAGAUUUUUCAAUUGGUUAUAACAAGCGCCAGUUUUCUCUGUUUGCUACAGUUUGCCGCAAGUCUGAGGAAUAAAAACGGGCAUUGGUGGUACCUUGGUCUCUCACCUACAUACCUAAAUGGCAGGGACAGGAGAGACGAUGGAGACGCAGCACAUAGAUGUAAUAUACGUUACUUUACGCCAGAACAGAAAAAACUUUGUAUUAAAGAUGAUGACAUUUUACAAGUAAUUGCCCGCGGAGCUCGCAAGGGGAUCCAGGAGUGCCAAUACCAGUUCCGUACAAGGCGGUGGAACUGCCCAACUAAGAACAGCACAGAUGUGUUUGGGAAGGUUUUGCAAAUAAAAACCAGAGAGACUGCCUUUAUCUAUGCCAUCCAAGCAGCCAGUGUCAUGCAUGAAGUGGCCAGAGCAUGUGCCAAGGGAGAGCUGAAAACGUGUGGCUGCGACAGCAACAUUCGUAACCAAAAAACCGAUGGAGAGUUUGAGUGGGGUGGCUGCUCCCAUGAUAUAAAUCAUGCUAAUCUGUUUGUGUCUCAAUUUGUGGAUUCUACUGAAAUCAAGGUGAAGGCACCAGGGCAGAUGAAUCUUUGGAACAAUGAGGCUGGAAGACUGGCCAUUUCCGGUGAAAUGAAACUUCUCUGCAAGUGCCAUGGAGUCUCUGGAUCCUGCUCCAUUAAGGUGUGUUGGAGAACGACAGAUAAUUUCCGCAAAGUUGGCAAGAACUUAAAGGAAAAAUUCGAUGGAGCGAGCCAUGUAAAAUAUAGCAAAAAGAAGCAAAAGUUCAAACCAAGGAACAAGUUUCAAAAGUUACCCGGCAAAACAGACCUGGUGUACAUCAAGGAGUCGCCAGAUUAUUGUACCCCAAAUCAUAAAACGGACUCCCUGGGGACCAAGGGACGCUUGUGUAAUAGUACAAGUCAGGGUCUGGAUGGCUGUCAGUUAAUGUGUUGUGGGAGGGGGUACUACACAACAGUAAAGCAAGUAGAAGAAGACUGUGACUGUAAAUUCAUAUGGUGUUGUGAAGUGAAGUGUCAGAGAUGUAAAUAUAAAAUUCAGCAAAAUUUCUGCAACUGAUCAAGUGUUAAGUUUUCCUGACAGUAUAAUGAUUUAUCACUGCCAAUAAGUAUCCAUCUAUGCAUAAAGGGUCCCUUUCAACCUAAAUGCCCAGGCAGGUAACUUGAGAUUAAAGGAGAAAAGGCAAGCUGGACUUUCAUCUUAACUCCCUCUUAACUAAGGAUGAUGAUCUUGUCUGUGUAAAUGUACAUAUAUUUAUAUAUACUUUAGUUUUAUAUAGUAUCUUAGAAAAAGGUUGAACUUGACCAGCAUUUGUAUAAAAUGAUGCCAUAAUUGUAGCUAUUAUGUGUAGAUAUAUUUUGGAACACAUUCCAUAUACCACAAACUAUAUCAAAAAGAUGAUGCAUUUUGAUUUUAUGAAAGCAAUGAGCAGACACAGAUUGCUGGGUCUGUCAUCAACAUAUGUUGCCUGUAAAUCUGACUGGGCAUGUAAUUGGCAUGCAAAAGUUUGCUGGAUGAUUUGUGUUUGAUUGUAAUGCAAUAAGUGACUUCAGGGAAUAAUCCAACUUUAACUUCCCCUUUUCAGUUAAAAGUGUCUUACAGAGACUCUCAAAAUGCCACCAUAUUAGAAAAUGUGUAACAGGUUUGAUGCCAAGUCACUUUAAUUUUAUAUUGCAUUGUCAUUAUUUUUAUUAAAUUAAUUGUAAAUUGA